AUGGUGCAGCCCUGUGGUAAUGUGCUAUCUCGAAAAGAGAAAAACCACCGCUUCUACAUCCGUGCUUCGCCUAUCGUGUGCGUUGCCGAUAUGGUGCAUUUCAUCGCUUUGGUCUUUCUCGGCUUUAGCUGGCAUCUCCCAACGUGGUUGUACAAUAUCAAAUUUGAACUGAAACGGAGAUUCGAAGGUGAACCAGGCGCCAAAGAUCGAGAAGCCGCUGAAAACUCCAUUGGUAUCCGUUGGAUCUUAAUGAUCCUUGGCGCCUACCAGUUCCAAGCUAUCAAGCUGAUAGGGAUGCGAGGGAUACCGUGGACCCAGGCUUGGGCCAUUAUGUUCGCAAUCUCAAUACUCUUUGGAGAAAUCCUCAUUUUGCUUGUCAGGUAUCUUAACCUCAAUGACGGCUCGACUUAUACAUACCGUCCUCAGUGGCGCUGGAACAGGUACAGGUACAGGAACAUGGAUACUAACCUAUCCGAUUCUUUCUACCUCAUGGAAAUCAUUCCAAUUGUACUACAAUUCGCCAUUUCAUACGGGCCUCUUUUCACUUUAAUGUGGAAACUGCUUUAUUCGUUCGAUGAAUAUCCCUAUGCCCCAGUUUUCAUUCCUCUCUUUUUCGCAUCGCCAUUGUCCAUUGUCCAUUACUUGUGUAAAGCCAUUCAGUUUUGCUUGCAGUCCGUGGGACUAACUCAUCAAAGGACGAACUCAUCUCUGUCUGGGAAUCACCUCAUCUCUGGGAUGUAUCAAUUCUACUCGAAAAUAGGCUGCGUCUCUGUUUCUAUGCUGUCAGCCCCUCUUCUCAUCAGACAAAUGGACAAUGCUAUUUCGCCGAUGCCUGAGGUGUCCCUAGUCCUAUGGACAUGGAAAUGGAAGAUUCUUUCCUGGAUUCUCUAUCAAUUGCUUUGGAGAGCGACUGGAGGCAGUCCUCAGUAUACCCAAGGAAACAUUGCAGAGCUGCUGUUUCGAGUGGACUCCUUUCGGGGUUUACAAGCUGUGGAACUCUGCUUUCUCACUAUCCUUUCCAGUGCUUUGUACUAUGGGCUGCUUUACGAUUCGACCGGAACUAUUAAUCCCGAAUGGACUGGGGUUUUUGGAUAG